CAUAAAAAGAGAGCAGCGGAGUGUCCCCACUAGAAGGUAGAUGUGCUCGCAACAAUGAAUAGCAACGUUUUGCUAAUGCCUGAACGCGGCAACUGCUCACUGACUCCGGCUGCUCUCUGUUUACAACCGGUUUGGGAUCAGGUGCGCGGCAUGGAGAGCUGGAUCAAGUCGCCCUUCUUCCCCGUGAGCUUUUCCUUGGGAGUCUACCUCGCUUUCUGUCUGCCUUUCGUCGUCCUGGAUUUCCUGGCUCCAAGGGUCGCCUUCCUGCAGAAAUAUAAGAUCCAGGCGCAGAACAAUCCAAAUGUGAAGAUGAUGGCAAACUGCCUGGCACAGACCCUGUACAACCACAUUCUGUACAUCUUCCCGCUGUCGGUGGCGCACUGGUACUGGCGCCCGGUGGACUUCCCGCUCGCUGCGCCAGAGCUGCCCAAGGUGCUUUUGGACGUUGCUGCCUGCCUCCUUAUUUUCGACUUCCAGUACUUCGUCUGGCAUCUCCUCCAUCACAAGGUGCCCUGGCUCUACCGAACCUUCCACAAAGUUCACCACAAGUACACGGCCACCUUCGCUCUUACAACCGACCAUUCGGGUGCCUGGGAGACCCUCUCGCUGGGAUUCUUCGCCGCUCUCAACCCAGCCAUCCUGAACUGCCAUCCUCUCACCAGCUACCUCUUCUUUAUCGUCAAUAUCUGGCUGUCGGUAGAGGACCACUCGGGCUACGAUUUCCCCUGGUCCACGCACAGGCUGGUGCCCUUUGGGCUGUACGGAGGGGCUCCUCACCAUGAUCUACAUCACAUGAAGUUCAAAACCAACUAUGCUCCCUACUUCACGCACUGGGACAGGCUCCUGGGAACCUACUCCACACUACAUAAAAAGUCCCACUGAUUUAUUUCGAACUAACUUGGUGAAGAUAUUUUAAGAGACUAAUUUCUGUAUCAUAGACUCUUAAAUUUAUUGAGGAGCAUCACUGUGAUUUACCAUGAAAUCAACUGCUCAGGAGACUAAAAUUCUUGCUGGACAGUGAACAUUCUCAAUGUUUUACAUUGCAAUGCACUUUCAUUGAUUAUUUUUGAUAUUGAUGUUUUUUUACGGUUAAUCUUCACUGCAGGUCAGUGAUUUAAAGCAACUGAACUUGACAUAAAUUUAUCAUUUGUUACAUUACAAUGCACUUUUAUGAUUUUUUUUACUAAAGAUUUUGCUGUAUAUUUUACAGUUAGUGUUCAUAAAGUUUCAAAAUAAUAUAUGUCUGCAUUUAAUAUAUUAAUAAAUCAAUAUAAUUUACAUAU